GCCCUCCUACUGUAGGCGCCUGCUUUUAGUGUCAGGUUUCCUCAUCUGCCAUCGACUGAGGUGCGUAAAUCCUCUGUUACGAUGUCGUCGACAAUAAAGAAGAUAGAAAUCACUUAUAACUCCAUCAACGCCAGCAAUACUUUUACAAACGGAGACAUUGUUUCUGGUCAAGUUUCGGUGGAAGUGGCCAAGGAUUGCCAGAUCAGCUCCUUCUAUAUCAAGUUUAAGGGGAAAGCUGACGUCUUGUGGACGGAGAGGCACGGCCAGACAACGCAUGUGUACCGCUCCAAAGAUAAGUACUUCAGCGUGCGGCAGUACUUCAUCAGCGACCCAAAGAGCAAGGAUGACCAGCAAACCUUGAUUGCACACCAAAGUGGAGAAACUUAUUCCAGCGUUUUGCCCCCAGGAAUCCAUGUGUACCCAUUCUCCUUUCAAUUCCCUCUCCAGAAUAUUCCCUCCUCCUUUAAAGGUGCAGACGGUAAAAUUGUGUACUUGCUGGAGGCUGUUUUGAGCAGGUCGAUGAGGAUGGACAGCAAAGAAUCAACCAUGAUCAACUUUGUGGGAAAAGGAGACCUGAACCCAGUUCCUGGAUUAAUGGAACCCCAACAUGAAUCUAUGGAUAAGAAAAUGAAACUUUUCACCUCAGGAACUGUUGCCAUGGAUGUCAAUCUUGAAAAGUCAGGCUUUUUCCAAGGAGAAGGAUUAAAAGUUAAGGCGUUCAUUAAGAACGAUUCAUCUCGUGAGAUCAAGCCCAAAUACUGCAUAUACCGGAAGCACAGCUUCUUUGCCAAGGGGAAUAGAAGAGUUUACACAAAAGACCUCAUUAAAGAGGUUGGGAAUCCCAUCCCUCCUUCAGCCUCAGAAAAUGUCACACAGGUUAUUGCCAUUCCUCAGGAUGUGGAGCCCUCCAUCCUCAACUGCAGCAUCAUCAAAGCAGAGCACAGACUCAGGGUCUACCUUGAUGUGAAAUACGCUUCAGACCCAGAGAUCAAAUUUAACAUCGUCAUCCUGCCGGCCCAUGAGGGUCCUGCCAUGGCAACAGCACCAACAGCUGCUUCUGACUUUGGAUUCGGGCCAUUCGGGAGCUAUGGAAAUCCAAACCCUCCCAUGUGGGGCUUUGGACCCCAACAACCUCCACCGGGGUAUCAACCUGCUGGUCCUCCUCCUCCUUACGGGGCACAUGGAAUGUACCCUCCUCUGAAUGAAUUUACUAAUAAAUAUUAAACACCUUUACUGUUGCUUUUAGGGAAGAGCGAGAUGAAACCAAAGAAAUAUAAAGCACAUUUAUAUAGACUGAAAAUGUAUCACUGAUUCUCUGUGCUUUGAAUUUAUAUUUUUAUAAAAAUGUAAACUCCA